GGUCUGGUCGCCAAUAAAACUGUACUAAGACAGGCAUAUCGGACUUUAACAGGUGAUUGUUCAGCAGCAAAUACCAUGGAAGAGGCUGAAGUAGAUAAGCGACUUGAGCAAGUAUUGGAUGAACAGGAUCCAGAAUUGUUGUGGGACAUGAGGAAGCAAAAUUCAGGACGUCAUACAGAGUACGAUGAAUUUUUAAAUAGAUGUAAAGAAUAUAUAGCAAGCUCUGUAGAAACGGCAGUAGAUGAAAGGCGGCAUGAUUCGAUUGCUGAUGAUGAGGUAAUAGUCCACCUGGCUACCGCUCUAAGUGUACGGGACCUCCAUGAACAGGUGAGCAGUAGAUGUCCUGAAGGUACCAAAAUUCCCGGCAUUCAGUGGCUAAGGAUGCAGUUCUGGCCACGACGACCAACAGCCAAAACAGCAGCUCGAUACACUGGCAAGCUUAAAGUAAAGUACAUGGUCCAGGCAAGACAAUUUCGUGCUGACCAUGUUGAUUGUCAUUAUGCAUCAGCACUUUUUAGGUAUGAAAAGGAAUGUGCGAUCAUGUUUCGAGAUCAUGUUACGCUGGUCAGCAUGGAUGACAAGCAUACAAUUAAAGUCGGCGAACCAGGAUGCCCAGUGGCUGCAGCAGAAAGGGGGAAACAAGUCCUUGUUGCAAUGGGUAAAAAACUGGCUGUUGCAGAUCACGAUUUCACUCGAUUAAGUUUGACUCCAAGUGUCAACCUUUUCAUUGAUGUGCCAGAGAAAAUUGAUGAAAGUUUUCAUCGAGGACAAGUGUGCAUAUCAUUCAAGGAGAAUGCAUUUCAGCCUUCGACUCCUGUUCGACAUGUGACUGAACUACACAGUGAGCUUACCGACAUGAACCUAGAUGGCAAGCCCAUUUUGAUGUUGUAUACGGAUGGUGGACCAGAUCAUCGAGUCACGUACAUGUCUGUCCAGUUAUCGAUAAUCUCACUAUUCCUGUCAUUGGAUUUGGACUAUGUGUGUGCAGUCAGGACGCCACCGAAGCAUAGCUGGAAAAAUCCUGUCGAGAGGAUAAUGUCCAUAAUCAACCUUGGUCUGCAGGGAGUUGGAAUUAUGAGAAAGGAGAUAGAAAAUGAGAAUAAGUUGACGAGUUGUGGGGGUCUGAAAAGUGUCAGAGAGAUGGCUGAAAAGGUACCAGAAUUGAAAGAUGAGGUUCUUGGAGCAGUCCAACCAAGCAUCAAGUUGUUGAGAAAUCUUAUGGAAAGAUUAAAGCUCAAAGAUCUCCGGUUCAAGACGUACGAUCCGGCAAGUGAUGACGCCAUUGAUGAUAUGUGGAGAAAGAUUCUUCAGGUAAAGUGUACACAUUUUGUUUCCAACAACAAUAUCCUGUGUCAAGUUUUCCUCAUUUAA